AUGGAACAAGAACCAGAGACUGGUGAAGGGGCCACUGGACCCAUGCAGGAAGAAAUCUGCUGUUACCCUUUGGAAGCAGAAGCGGCCAUAGCAGAGGCCAUGAAGGCUGAGAACUGGAGUGGAUUCCAGCACAUCCUGCAUGUCCUGAACACCAACAUUGAUGGGUGGCGCAAGAUCGCCUUCGCCAAAGGGAUGGGCAGACGCUAUGCUCACAUGGUGCUGCAGAAAGCAGACAUCGACCUGACCAAGCAAGCUGGGGAGCUCACAGAAGAUGAGGUCGAGUGGGUCACCAACAAGAUCCCUGACUGGUUCCUCAACAGGCAGAAGGACUGCAAGGAUGGCAAGUAUAGGCAGGUCUUGCCCAAUGGGCUGGACAACAAGCUGUGCAAGGAUUUGGAGUGCCUGAAGAUCAGGGCCCAUCAGGGCCAGCACCACUUCCAGGGCCUCCGUGUCCGUGGCCAGCACACCAAGACUACUGGGAACCACAGCAGAACUGUGGGCGUCUCCAAGAUCCCAGAGAAAAUUCCAGCCUGGUGA